UAAAGUAUCGAUUCACAUUGGUUUGUUGGUGAAUGGAGUGCGUUAGAAAAGGGAUUAGACAGAAGCAGAAAGAGACAAGUUAGCUGAACAUAAAGGUGAGGUUACGUGUACGUUCAUCUCUCAAAGUAGUGCCAACCAUCAAUAAUAACAUCACCCUAUUUUCCAUUGUAUCAUUCCAUUUCUUGCAACUGGGCUUUGUUUUUCUGCUGCCACAAUCUCAGCCAUAGAUAACAGAUUAUUACCACUACAUAAACCUUGUAAGUUGUAGCAUACAACAACAUAAGGAGAAUCAGAACCACUUCUCUUUAAGGAUGUUGGAAGGAAAAGCUUUGGUGAAAGAAACAGACAUGCCACUGAAGAUGCAGAUCCAUGCCAUGGCCUCUGCUUCUCAGGCCCUUGAUCUUCAUGAUGUUUCUGAUUGCAUAUCCAUUGCUGCCCAUAUCAAAAAGGAAUUUGAUAGUGUGUAUGGGAAUGGUUGGCAAUGUGUGGUGGGAUCCAAUUUUGGGUGCUAUUUCACCCAUUCAUCAGGGACUUUCAUCUAUUUUGCUCUGGAGACCCUUAAUUUUCUUAUCUUUAAGGGAACAUCUUGAUUUAUGUGCAAUCUGAGUUAGAAAACAGGGUUAUUGGGGGAAGAAUCCAUAGCUUCUUUAUUCAUCCCUCUUGAUCUGAUUUUGUUCCAUGCAUUAGCAGAACAUUUCAGAUGUUACAGCAUGAGCAUGGAAGAGUUAUUGAAGUGUCUCCAUUAUACUCUCACAAAUCGACUUUUCGACAACUCUGGAUUCUCCUAUGUCAAUAUCAAUCCAACUAUGAUUGAUAUGUUGUCUCUGCUUUAAGUGAAAAAGAGUAAAAUAAAUAAAUUUGUCUGAGCUUUAUUCGUUUCUUUUAA